CUGGCGCUGCCUCCCCGCGCUGCCGCCUCGCCGCCCGCCCGCCCGCUCGCCACCGCGCCCCGCCGCCGUCCCCCCCUUGUGCCGGGCCCCACCGAGGGACAGGCGGCCAGCCCUCGCCCCCGCCGCCCGGCUGCGGCUGCCGCGCCCCUCGCCCCCCGCCGCAGGGAAGGGUACAGUGGUGACUGCCAGGCGAGAGGAGAGAAGAGGAGAAAGAGGAGCCACCGGCGGCUCGGGCAGCGCGCUGCGGCUGGGUCUCCGGGGAUGGACUGGGCUUCGCCCUCCGCCUCAGCCUGCCCGCGGAGAGGAGGGCGGUGACCCACCGCCCAGCCCGCCGGGGAGGAGAGGCAUCCCCGCCUGCGCCGCGGGGCCGGCGCGACCCUGCUUACGCCCGGUUAAAUGUCACGGCUCCCCGGCUGCUCCCCGCCACCGCCCCGCGCGUCGCUCACCUCGGGAGGGGGCUGUGAAGGUGGCGGCAGAGGCAGCCCCGGCUGCGGCGCGCCCCGCCGCCGCUCGCCGUGAGGGAGCGCCCCGGCAGCCGCCAGCAAGCGAGCAGUGGAGCUGGAAAAUUUGGCAGCAAAAUCUUUGUCUUUCCUGGAAUCUGGAUUCUGCAGGGUUGAUAUGAAGAUAAACAGUCUGAAGGAGGGAAAUAGUAGAAGACUAUCACCACGAGUGUGAGCAAUGAGAAGUUUCAACUUGGUGCAGUGAUCGUCUCCAGGACUUGAACCCACUAAGUCUAAAGGUUCAUUUCAAACCUUCUGAGUGUGGUGCCAUGAGAGAUGCUGUUGUCCGUGACAGGUUGGGAUUAUCAUGAUCAAGUGCUCUAUUUUGACUUCACCCAGUGGCUAAAAGAUUUGUAUUGUAAAGAGGAAGUAUUGGACUUUUAAAAUCAUUAAACAGGUCCGUGACGGAGGGUUAGACUGGAUCAGUGGAGUCAUGCGUCACACAGCUGUAUCAUGCUGGCAGCUGUUCCUGGGUCUGGCUGUGCUACUAGUCUUCAUGGGCCCCACCAUAGGCUGUCCGGCCCGCUGUGAAUGCUCGGCACAGAACAAGUCUGUCAGCUGUCACCGAAGGCGUCUGAUGGCCAUCCCAGAAGGCAUUCCCAUUGAGACCAAAAUCUUGGACCUCAGCAAGAACCGACUGAAGAGUGUCAACCCUGAGGAAUUCAUGUCAUACCCUUUGCUGGAGGAAAUUGACCUCAGUGACAAUAUAGUUGCCAAUGUGGAGCCUGGAGCCUUUAACAAUCUCUUCAACUUGCGCUCCCUGAGGCUGAAAGGAAACCGUCUGAAGCUGGUCCCCCUUGGGGUGUUCACUGGGUUGUCAAACUUAACAAAGCUUGAUAUAAGUGAAAACAAGAUUGUCAUUUUGCUGGACUAUAUGUUCCAAGAUCUGCAUAACCUAAAAUCCCUCGAGGUUGGGGACAAUGAUUUGGUUUAUAUAUCACACAGGGCCUUUAGUGGACUGCUUAGCCUGGAGCAGCUCACCCUGGAGAGAUGCAACCUCACAGCUGUACCAACAGAAGCUCUUUCUCACCUCCAUAACCUCAUCAGUCUGCAUCUGAAACAGCUCAACAUUAACGCUUUGCCUGCAUAUGCCUUUAAAAGACUGUUUCGCCUGAAAGACCUAGAGAUAGAUGCCUGGCCCCUCCUGGACAUGCUGCCUGCCAACAGUCUGUAUGGUCUCAACCUUACUUCUCUCUCCAUCACGAACACCAACCUGUCUGCAGUACCUUAUUCUGCCUUUAAACACCUCGUUUACCUGACACAUCUAAACCUCUCUUACAACCCUAUCAGCACCAUUGAAGCAGGCAUGCUUUCAGAUUUAGCACGCCUGCAGGAACUCCACAUGGUGGGGGCCCAACUACGUACUAUUGAACCACAUGCUUUCCAAGGGCUCCGAUUCUUACGCCUGCUUAAUGUGUCCCAAAACCUGCUAGAAACCCUAGAAGAGAAUGUAUUCCAUUCCCCAAAAAACCUUGAGGUCCUCUGCAUUAACAACAAUCCUCUGGCCUGUGACUGCCGUCUCCUUUGGAUUUUACAGAGGCAACCCACUUUGCAGUUUGGAGGCCAGCCACCGAUGUGUGCUGGCCCAGACAGUGUCAAAGAGAGGUCAUUCAAAGACUUUCACAGCACAGCUCUUUCCUUUUACUUCACCUGUAAGAAGCCCAAGAUACAAGACAAGAAGUUGCAAUACCUGGUAGUGGAGGAAGGGCAGACAGUGCAGCUGAUGUGCAAUGCUGACGGGGACCCACAGCCUACCAUAUCCUGGGUAACCCCACGGCGAAGGCUGAUCACAACUAAAUCAAAUGGAAGAGCCACUGUGCUGGGGGAUGGCACCCUGGAGAUCCGAUUUGCUCAAGACCAGGACACUGGGAUCUACGUUUGUAUUGCAAGUAAUGCAGCUGGAAAUGACACUUACUCGGCCUCCCUUACGGUAAAGGGGUUUACUUCAGAUCGUUUCCUCUACGCCAACAGGACCCCUAUGUAUAUGACAGACUCCAACGACACAAGUUCCAAUGGAACUAAUGUGAACACCUUCUCUCUGGACCUUAAGACAAUAUUGGUUUCCACAGCUAUGGGCUGUUUCACAUUCCUUGGAGUAGUUUUAUUUUGUUUCCUGCUUCUUUUUGUGUGGAGCCGAGGCAAAGGCAAACACAAAACCAGCAUUGACCUUGAAUAUGUCCCUCGCAAAAACAAUGGUGCUGUGGUUGAAGGGGAGGUUGCUGGACCACGAAGGUUCAAUAUGAAAAUGAUUUGAUGGUAUUCUGCUAGCAGUGCUUUUUCUGUGGCAUUAAAACCAAUUAAACCAGCCUGGCAUGUGGAAUUGCUAGGCAGAAGCAGCUUAAUGCAGCUGUCACUGUAUCAAAAGGUUACAUGAAAAUGGAAAGACUAUUUGUGGUUACACAGCAGAGCCUCCAGACCUUGAGGCAGAUAUGUCAGGGCCUUUCAUAGAACUGGUAAAUUGUACUAACUGUUUGCAUUGCAAAUAUUGGCAUUCUGGGGAUAUCAGCAAUGAACCGCUGGCUCAUGCUCAUGGACAAUUGUUCAACAUUUUCUACCACUACAAAAAGAAAAAGAAAAAAAAAGCCUACAGUGUAGGAUUUACAUACUUAAAGAAAAAGACGCAUUUGUCUAAAACAUACUCUACAGUGAAAUUUGUAUCUAUAGAUCUCAUUUGGUAAAAUCUUGCAUCAUCCCUUCUAGUUGGUUCAACACCACAAAAAAUUGGUAGUUUUUUUUAAUCUACAUCUAUACUGUGUACAUUUUAAAGCAAUACAAAUGAGAGGUUGUUCUUUUAGAUAUCCACCAAUACUGACCCAAGUGUGAUGUCACCCUCCUUUUAACUACCAUCUAACCCAAAUUAGACUCUGUAGUUACCAAUUAGAAAUAACAUAUUUUUCUCGUCAUGUAGAAGGCCAGAGAUGAAUAGUUGAGAGCAAAAAUGCUCAGCUCUGUUGAUCUUCUCUUCAUAUAAAUAUAAGGCAUGUGCCUAGUUUUGAUACAGAAUGGAAUAUUUUUUAUAACUGUGAUAUCACACUGGACCAGUUUACUGUAACAUAGCCCUGGAUCUCACCCAGGGAAGGCAACCCACUAGACGUUGCUGGCAUAGGGGAGUUGAGUUCUACCUUGAAGAGAGAGAGCUGUUUUUGUUAGCCCUCAUUUUAAUUUCAAAGCUGCUGUUAAAAUGUUAAUGUGUACUGGGCAAAAAGAAAGAACAUAAUACAUUCUGCAUAUUCCAUGGGAAAUAUGGCAUCUUAAUAUUUAUACGAGUGAAUUAAAACAUACAAAAGCUCUGCUACUAGGAAUGAACUCUUCUCCAAUGCCAAGUGAACUAAGGUUGCCCAUGCAUAAUAUGGGGAUUAUAAUACUAAAAUAAUGUUUCAAAUAUGAUAGCCUCAGAAAGGCUAACAUACUGCCAGAUAUAAUGAACCUCUAGCCACUGUCAUUCUCAUCUUGUAUAUUUGUAGAUAACACAUAAACACAAAGAAAAUUUCCAAGAACAGAUUACUUAGCUAUUCUUGAUGCCAUUUUAAUAACUAUGUGGUUAUGUUUCUUUCAGGGGCAGUAUCUUAGAGCAAGAGGGGCAAGUUUUUCCAGGUUUUAGGAAGCUUUUUUAAUGGAGAGAAGACAGAAGUGGAACAUUAGUUCAGUACAAGUAACCUUUUGUUUUAUGCCUCUAAACAAAUCCUCAGAAGGCUCAGAACUGAAACUUCUUUUUUUUUAUCGUUGAUACCACUGUUCUUAUUUUGAAAUCUCAGCAAUGGGAAGAUACAGAGCUGUCCAGCCACCUCUCAAUUUUCCAGCAAUUAUGAGCCAUAGGUUUGUUGCUAAGUGGUUGAUAACAAAUACAAUUUAUAAAUGAUUGGCAUAACCUGAAGUAAGGAUAAAAACCUCUAUGUAUGUGUUUAGCCAAAAUUAAUAUGAAAAUAUUAUGACAGAACAUUCAGAUUAAUGUCAUUUAAGAGCCUGUGUCCAAUCUCAAAAUUACAUUUCAGCACUUUGAAACCAAAGUCAGGCUGACCUAUAAUGGGAUGCAGGUGCUUCUAAAAUUAGUAUCCACAUUCUUUGGCAGAGAUUUUCUAAGCAGGAUAAAAAUCUCCCGCUCCUAUCAAGGGAAAUGUGCCAAAAGUUGUGAAAUCCAGCUGCGCUCCCCAGGUGUAUCCCCAACAUAGCUGAAGGACCCAAGGCUAGGCAGUUUUGAGAAUCCCUUAGUGGUUGAUCUUUGGUUGCAUUGUUGCUCUGUUUUAGGUCACCAAACUGAGGAGGAUGCGAGGGUUGUUAGAAUUUUCUUCAUUUUAGUUGGUUUUAGGUUUAGAGUUGGGUUUUCUUGCUUCCUUUUUUUAAUGCUCUGAACUAGAUAGUUGGAGGUUUAUGGAGAUGCUUGAGACUAAUCCUCUUUGUUCUAUGACAGUUUGUAGAAUAUUAAUAAAAUGGAAUACCCCCUGACUAAAUUCUAACACCAGGGGAAUUACUUUUGCUGAUAUAAUAACCACCGCACUGAAGUCCAAAACUCUACUGUACCUUAAUGUGGGCAGUAAAAGAAACAAGUGGGGAUAAAACAAAGUGUUUCUGAACUGCCCAUUGAAGACAUUUGCAUGUGCCUUUCCCUUGUAAUUGUCAUUUUUUCAACUAGUAAUCUAUUGCCCCUGCAGUCAUUUCAUGUUAAAUGUUAAAAUCACAGAAGAAAAAGUUCUCCUAAAUUCUAGAGAGUUGCAGCUGAUUGCUUCAUAUUAAGUGACACAAUAAAAAAUUCUCAAAAAAGACCCAAAAAAAGUGUUCUUUUGGAAUCAAUUAUGAGUUGCUGAAUUCCCCUAUUCCCUUAGAAUGACUCUAAAAAGUGGUUGCAUUGUUAGUGCACUGCAAGGAUUUCUGAGCAGUUAUGUGCUUAGUUACCUAUGUGAAAUGUGUGCUGGUGAUGGAAAUCACCACUUGCUCUUGCCGAGCACCACCUUGCAGAGCUGUCAGCAUUGUGUGUAUCGCCUUCAGUUCAGUCAGCAUUCAGUUUUCAAGAGUCAGUGUUUGCUCACUGCCUCUAGCGAUGUUCUACUUUUUGCAGCCCACUUAUUUCACCACAGAUUUGGUAAGGCAUAUGGCAUCUCUUACAGAAGUGAGGACAGCAAGAUUCAGAGACAAGCUUUUAUCUUGCUCCAUGUAGUCUUCUUUGUAUGUAUUUGUGAGACACAUGCUCACUGUGGCCAUUUUGGGUGAAUAAGGAAAACAUUGUCAGGGUCAGGCCUAGAUAAGUAACUUUCUGGGAAUUCUUUUAAGAACAGAGAGGCUGAAUGCCUAGCCUGCCUCUUGAAGGACUCACUUCUUUUCUGCUAGAGAUCAAGGAGAUACCGCAGUUUAUCUUACUGCAGGGGAGAAAAAGGACUGGGCUGUGAGGAGGCAUCUCACUGACAUGGCUCCCCUAUCAUAUAUUCAGAAAUAAGUGGACAGUGCAUACCUGCCACUAAAAGAGGGAAUGAAAGUUUUUCCCCUACCUCUGUCUAGUAUACUGGCUGCCCCCAUGCUGGCACAAGGCCAAGCCUCAACUUACCUGCAGUCAGUGUAGACAGACUCUGACAGAAAGAGACAGACAGACAAGACUCUGAGGAGCAGCAAUAGUUCUGCAGAAAAGGAGAAAACUGAAAAUGUCAAAACUAGCAUAGCAACUUGAGAAAGCAGGUACCACAUUAUGCUUGUCAAUAGUUCCUGUAAGACCAGUGCUGAGCCUCCCACAAAUAAGUUUUGAAGUCCAUUUCCACAGACUGACACCUCUUUCAUAUCGGAUAGAUGUACAAGAGCUCAGACUUCCCACGAGUAAGUUAAUGAGGACACUGCGGCAAUGUAUUGCAGUGCUGUGUAUGCAAUUUACAUAUUUACACACAGUGUAAAGUAUACAUACAUGUAUAUGUAUUAAGAAAAGAGUUUGCAAUGAUAUGAGGGUGGAUUAAGACUUGGCAGCGUCCCAUCUCAACCUUAAUUUUAGGGUUUUAGUUGGUUCUCUUUAUUUUCUUCUUUUUUCUUCUUUUUUUUCCCUUUUUUUUUUUUCUUUUCGGAAAGGCUUCAUCCAGAACAUCAACUCAGUUACAUUCAGACUGGGAGACUGCUUUUACCCUCUGUUCCCACCUGCUUCACCAUUCACACAUGAUCCCAGUGCCAACAGGGUCAACAGCUCCAGAUACAAUUGAAAUCAGCCAGGAGACUCUGAGCCCCUGGAGAACUGUUGAUACAAGCUGAUGUCACGAGGUACUUUUUUUAACCAAACAUUUUAAAAUUAAGUUGAUGUCAUUGUCACACUGACAUUCAAGGUUUCCUUUAUUUACAUGAACGGUAGCUAUCUUUUUUUUCUUUAUCUCUUGCAUUAUGGUAUUGCAUCAUCUAUGAUGGCAACAAUUAUGCCACCAUAAAGAACGUUAAGAAAGCAAGCAAUGUACACCCUCAACACCACAAAUUGUAGUUGAGGCAUAUGAGACAUAGUAAGAAGUCAGCGUUAAUAUUUAAUGGAAAGUCUUAUCUAAAUUUUUUGUUAGAAGAAAAACCUGGUGUAGAGGAACUUUGGAGUGUAGGCCAUGAUGUGACUGAAUCACUUCAAAGACACUUAGAAACAGACUUUCUCACAUCAUGCCUAGAUAUCUGGUUUAGAUAUUGGAAUGUUCUCAAAAAACUUUCAAGAUGUGUGAAUGCCAGAAGCCCACAUUUAACCCAUAAAGAGACAAAGCAUUGGCUGAAAAUCUAGUAGAGCAAGCAGCUUCUGGCUGCCCAAGGACAACAGCAGCUUCUAGCAAAGAAAGCCAAGAAACCUCAGUCAUAUAGUUAUUUUGCUUCAUCUGCUACUGCAUCCUGUAAAAAAAAAUAAUCCAUUAGCCAGUAAUAAAACAGACAAUCCUUACUAAUUUUUCUUCAAAGAGGCCAACAUUUGUGUAAAUAAGCUACAGUCUGUUUCACCUCCAUCCCCAGCAGUAAAACAUUCAACAAGAAGUGAGGAAGGGGAAGCCUAUUCUGGCCAGUUUGCUAAUUAACUUUUUCCCCUGAUUGAUCCUAGUCUACCUGGGGCUAGCAUGAUGACUGCUCUGUCCAUUCCCAUCCUCUCAGCUCACAAUGUGUCUUGACAUGGAGUAGCAGGGAAAGGAGCACAUGGUCAGGCUGUCCCUCCUCCCUGAACUGUAACUCUGGUCUUCUCAAAUAAAACAACAAGAGCAGCAGCAUUAUCUUAGAAAUCACAGUCUGAUGCAGCUGAUCUGUAGUUUUGCUGUAAGACAACAUGUGGGAAAACACUGGAUACAUGCUUUCUGACCUCGUUUCAGUAUCCUAGAUGAUUGCUUUUUGUGCUAAAAAGAACUGGAAAAGAAGAACUAAAAAAACACUUUCAUCCAGUAAUUUAAAAGUCAUUUGUGCCUGGAGGAGUUAAAGGAACAACUCUGGAAAAGGCAAAGGGCCUGAUUGCUGGAGAAUCACUGAAAAAAAUGACUGAGAUUUUUCAAGUUAGCUAAGCAAUUUGGAAUCCCUGUUCCUAUCACCUGUAAUAAGAAUUACAAACUCAAUUUCCCUUGGCAGCUUAGAAGAAUCACAAGUUCAGUAAUACAUGCUCCCUUUGUCUAUCUUAUAGCUCUGCCCUCUUCCCAUCUCAGCUUCAAGUGACUGUGAUGCCAAAUGAAGAUCUCUGGAUUUGGUUUAGUUUCACUGCAUGUUCACAUAGCUUUUGGAAUCUAGAUCUCAAAGCAGGAUCUUAAACCCUCUUCAAGCCAAAAAUGAAAAGUGAAAAAGGAAAAAGCUUGAGUAAACCUUCUCCUGCAAAUGAAAUAAAUCAUCUUCGGUGAGGUUCUUGCUACUGAGAUAGCUACAUACCAAAAGCAAUCUGCAGGUUGAAUGAGUAUGAGUCUUUUUCUUUUUUUUUUCACUAGAAGCAGGUGGUUGAAUAUAAGGGCCAGCUGGAAAUAAAAAUCUGUAUUUAUAGCCUCAGCAGAAUAAGGAAAGAGUUGGCAGAGUCAAGAAAAUGUUCCACAUUAUUUCAACUUAAAUUUAAACACGCUAUAUCCUUCCUAUUCAAAUAUCUCAUAGAACAGUACAAAAGAGCAGACUUUCACCUCAUAAUUUGAUUAUUUGUAUUUAUUCAAACUGGUACCAAAACUGAAGCAAAAGACUGAAAACAGAUUUGCUAAUCUAGUCAGGCACUAUAAAUCAGGAGAAAUCCUCUUGACACGAUUCUGUUACUGCUUGGUUACACUAGAAAUUUGAUAAAGGAAUAUAGUUGUUUUGCUUUCUAUUAAGCAGGGCAUAGUGGAAAAUGAGCAGAAAUUGUGUGUUAAUUAUUUCUCACCUCGUGGCAUACCUUUUAUUCUGGAUUGCUUUAAUAUUUACCACUGCUAACUGAGCUGGAGAUGAAAAUGUAGAUUCUGGGAAGAAAAGGAAAAAAGGCAAAAGAAAAAGAAAAUCUGUAACCUUAAAGAAGUCUGCCUAUUUCUGUGUGGUAUUUGCAAGUAAACAGCAUUAUCCCCUCAUGAAUAAGCCAACAACAAUGGCUUGAAAUUUCAAGGCAGCUGUGAAGAGGGUUGUCAACUUGUACACAUAUUAAUAAUUUUGAUCUUUCAGAAAACAAAAUAUUGUUGCUUCUUAAAGGAUUACUUUAUGCCAUUUUGAUACCUAAAAGCAAAUGACACUUUGACUUCAUCACACUAGGCACUGUAUAAGUAGGAAGUAAAUGACAACCCUGAUUUGGUGAGCUUACAGCCAUAUAACAGGAAGUUGGCUUCUGGGCAAGUACAAAUGACAGCAAGUCUCUCAUUGUUUGGGGAGGGAAUGCCAUAAUGCAUAUAUAUUAAAUUAUCAUCACACUUACUGAAAUCUACUUGCAAGCACAUGUAGUUCAUAUGUAUACGUUUGUGUGUGCAAAAAAGGUUAUAUUUGUUUUGUUCUUUUCUUACUUCAAGUAUUAAAUGUAUAUUGUUUUUAAAAGGUGACAAGGUUAACCAGAAAAAAUGUGUUGUAAUUUAUUUUAAUAUAUAUGAGCAUAAGUAUGGAUGGGAAAUGAAACAGCCUUGCUGUUGUGAUCCAUGAAGCACAUGGCAAGUCGGGUUUGUCUAUAAGUUUGCUUCACGUUUGAGCAAAAUAUGCUAAUAUAAUGGAAAAAAAAAAAAAAAAAAAAAAAAAGCUUUGUUUGUCAAGACAGUUGUCCUGAAUGUCAUUUUAAAGGUUACUUUAGGGCUUAUGUCAUGAUGUAUAUCAUACUUAUUCAAAAUGAAACCCAAAUAAAUAAUUCCAUGGAGUGGCAAAAUUUACUGGGAAAAAUGAAGAAAAUUUACAUUGCUUUCCCUAUUGUAGCUGAUCACUUUUUUUUUCAAGGGGUAGUGGAGGAAACUAAGAUGAGUAAAACACAGUUUUCUCAGCACCACACCCAAGGUCCUUAGUGUCAAGUCUUCACAACAGGUAAUCUGCUCAGACCUACCACUCUUGAACUGAGAAUAUAAACUGUUACAGUCAGAAACAGAAGGUAUUUUUCAUCUAUGCACUUUCCCUCCUCCUUCAUUGCAUGGAGUCCUCAGACACAGAGGAAAAACCUAGGACACAUUCAGAUGUGUUCUGGGAUUUAUUCUCCAAGCAAGGUAUCAGUCAGCCUGUUCCCUCACUUUCACUUGCACAGUGUGUACGGGUAAUUGGAGGGGACACCAAUCAGGUUAUUGCUGGAAGAAAAAAGUCUGCCACUUACCAGCACCAUGGAGAGCACAGCAUAAAGAUAGAUGUCACCAGCUGUGUGUCACUUGGAAGGCAACAAACACUGAGAAUCUGCAUCUGAAACAUGGUUUCUAAGGAAAUCACCAGUAACCAAACUCCACUGUAAUGGCACCAGAAAAAUUAAGUGAUAGAAAGUAGAUUCUGUUGAGCUUGAAAGCUACUCCAAACCCCUGAGCCUUGCCAAAACCUACCAAAUCCUUGUCAGGGAUCAGCUGUGAAAAAGGACACAGGCCAUAACAUAAACUAUUGCCACUUCCAUUCUCCCACAACUAGGUGCUUUCACCAACAGAGAAUUUUGCUUACACUUUCUGGGAUUAUCUGAAAUACGAUUUAUCAACCAUGAACCCAUUAUCCUCUAAACCAGGGUCCUAUUCACUAGGAGGGGAAAACGAAGUUGUUAUUGCUACCUCAGGAGAGGAAGAAGCAGAUUGAAAUCCUGCUGGAUUGCUGGGAGCAGAGACAGACACAGGCUGAAUCUGAGCUCUCCUGUGCCUCCUGAUAUCAGUCUUAUCCUUCUGCAUUUGCAUUUGACACCUCCAAAAGGUUUUGGCUGACUUGUACCACUGUACCAUCCUCUGCAGCAGAAUGUCAAAUGCAAUGAAUCUGUGGGCUAAACUUCACUAUAGAUUAUGUUAAAAAUCUGCUUUAUUUUCAUGUUCUUUUAUUUUCCCUUGAAUUGGUAAUCUGAUGGACAGUCUGCAGUGUACUGCACUACUGCCUUCAGUAUGACAUGAAAAAAGAGCUAUUGUUCCUACCACUGCAUUGAGAACAUUCAGUUUGCAAAGAACAUUGAGUUUGUGUCCUUGAAAGGUUCCUCUACCCUAAGCUUUAGAUUUCUUUUAUGCAAUUCAUGUUAAUUUUUUCAACUACCUGACACUAUCUCAAGAGGUGGAACCUGUUCCUAUAUCACAGGAUCUAAUGUGUAAUUUCCAGUUCUUACAGUAGAAGAAACUACUAGUUUUCUCCAUGAUAACCAGGUAGAGAAAAACACUAUCACAUCAGGCAAUCACUGACAGAUUCAUUAAAAUAAUCCAUAUUAAGGUCAGGGUCUAAACAGAAAACAUUGUGCUGUCCAGAGCUAAUCUUUUCACUAAAAAAUUGUAAUAUCUAUAGAUAACUCUUACCAGUCAAACACCACUUCAACUUUUAAAAGCAUCCAAAAUUUUCUAGAGCACAGUGACUUUCAUAAAUUUUUAAGAAUAUUUAUACUUUUACAGACCCACUAUAGAUCUGUCUCACAGCUAGUAGCCCUAUAUUGGAUAGCACGGUAACCUGUAAAUAAGGAAAUUUUGGCAUCCAAAGUUUAUUUUAAGAAAUGCUUGUGUUUAACAUUUUUGUAUUUGAAAAAGGUAGUGGGAAAUGGGAAAUCAUACUAUUUACCAAUUAAUAAAAUCAAUUCACAGAGACUGAGUUAUUCUCACACGGGGGAAUGCUCACAGUGAAUUUUCUGCAUCUUAAAACCUUCCCACAUACAGCUGUAGAUGACACUAUAUAAAAGGGCUUUAUUCAUCUCCUGUACUAUCUGGACUGGGGGAGAGGCUGGAAAUUCAUGCUGGGAAGCACGAAUAAAUCUGAAACUAAUGGAGUAAGAAACACAGAGUUAUUGCAAAGGACCUGACCUUGCUGUCUACAGACUCAGCAGCAGGCUCGGAGAUUUGGUCUAAAAUCCUUCUUUCCUAGAGACAGGAGAUUCCCCAGGGAUACCCUUGUUUUUUCUCUGUUCUUGAAAGGCUAAGUUUCAACCUUAGCAAUCAAGGGGAAACAUAAUACAGUAAGCAGUCAGUAAAAUACAGGUUUGGAUAGUAGAGGAGAAAAGAAAUUAAAACUUGUGUAAAAAAUUAUAUCACACUAGUACUUAGCACCUUGUCUAAGUAACUUUGAAAUUAUUUGGGUUUGCAGGAGCUGGUUUAUUAAUUAAUAGCUAGGGGAUUCAUUCAGCUAGUUCAAGCGUAAUCACCAGCUGGAAGAUCUUAUUUACCUCAUCAGUCCCUGAGUGGAAGUUAUAUUUUUCUGAGCUAUUUUCCAAUAACUUUGCUGUUUAUAUAACUCAAAAGCACAAGUGAUGGAGGUCACACUUAUUUUAUUAUAGGAAGACAAUGAUAAUAAAUUUAAUCUAUUACUUUUGCUAUGAGAGCUCUUUGCUGUAUGUACAAAGUCUAAUAGAUUACAUCCAUUAUAUAAAGUAUUACUAUCACUGAAACCAAACAAUAUCUUGCCUUAGAAAGCUAUCAACCUUUGGUGCAUCUGUGCAGUACAUCAGUUCUAACGCACUGCAGAUAAUAUUUUGCUUUUACAUAGAACAGGCAUGCCACGCAAAGCGGUUACAGACAAUGCAGCCCUCUGACUUAUACAAAAGCUUGCAUUUUAAUGAGCCUUGCAGAAUCUUGUGUUGGCGUUCGUGAGUUUGGCAGGCUUUCACAUUUUGCUAAAGGAUAUCAGAAUUGCCUGGCUUGGGGAAGGCAUAACUGUUGGCUAGUAACACCAGCAGAAGGGUGGAACUCAGGAUUUCUCAGUUCUGAGGUCAGGAGUUCUGAGCUGUAAUCAAAACCCCUGGGUGUCUAAGUCUCUGAAGUAUACAAUAAAAUAUUUACCUUUCAAAAGGAAGAUUUUGCCAUUUCCCUAAGGAAGACAAAGCCAAGGAGUUAUGGUUCAGCCAUCCCUGUGUGAGGAAUGAUAAUUUUGUAUGUAGGAUGGUAUGCAGUAAUAAGCAUUGCUAUCAGACAAGGAAAACCUUUUUUUUUUUAAGAAACACAAUUCCUGCUGCCCAAAGUGCUCCAGAAGAUGAUGGCAAUGUGGUGACAGCAGUGGUCUGCCCUGUUGUCAGUGUUUCCAACAGUUGUAGAACAGAUGCUCUUACAGAGCAGUGGCAGUGUAUGAAGGAAAAUAGUCAUGAAAGAUGCACACCAACUAGAACCUGUCUUUUUUGCAAUUCAGUGGUAUAUUGCAUGAAAGGACCUCUUAAUGCAUCAUUUAAUUAGUGGUUUUUCAAUGCUUGAGAAACAUGAUUCAUCUCCUAAAGAAUCGAUGAAGGUUUUUCGCUUUGUCUUUGCUUAUGGAUGAGAGAUGCCAAAAUGAAUGCAAACCACACAUCGGUUGUCAGGUUGUCAAGUGUCACACCAAGCACUCAGACUACUACAACAACAAAACAUUUCCAUUUGGUCCUUCUACAUGACUACCAAAAAUAUGUCCCACAGCUUCUCUACUCUCUGAUCAAAGUUUAUUGAAAGAAACCUAGCAUUCCCACAGGUUCUCCAACCCUUUAAUAGGAAAAGUAACAAGUCACCAUUCUUCAAAUUUUUGCUGCCAAUGUUUACCAUAGGAAAUUUGUCCUGACACUGUUUACUCUGUUUGCCACAAUGCUGAAUCGUGGCCAACCUCAUCUUCAUCUUUUAGCUGAGAUUGUUUCACUAAUACAUGGGCAAACACUGGGAAACGCCCCAUUUCCAGCUUCUGCUUUAGCACUGAAGCCAGAAGAAUUUGCUGUGAAUGUCAGUUAAGCACAUUUAAUGGUUAAUAGCCAGUUACUGCCUCACAUCCAGCAGUCACUGGGAACUAUUUCUGAGGUACAGGUCUAUCUGGCACAAAUAAGAAUAAUAACUGGUGUUGGGAACAAGAUCAACCAGCGGACGUCCAUUUUGCCAUUCAAGACCACCAUCAACUCAAGAUGCUGGAAGGUAUGUGUUCAAGUGAAUGAGAACUGAAGGGAGUAGUUGCUGAAUGUGCAUGCCACCUUAGAGAACCACACACAAAAAGGCAUGUACAGGAUCAAUUUGUCCUUUAAGGCUUAACAUACUGAAGCAGAAACCCCAAACCACUGCAAACUGGAGGAGAGUGUGCAUUUAAAAAAACCCACAAACAUUUUGUUCUGGUGGGCUUUAUGGUGUAAGAAAGAAAAGUCAGAAAGAUGGAUAAGAGAUGUACUUGUUGAUGGGAAAAUUAUUUUCUCAGUAUGAUAAAAUGCUCCCUCCAGAUCCUGUCUUAACACAAGGAUUCUCAUCUCUCCUUGUUCAAAAAGGAAAGCUACAAACCACCUCAUUUCAUUACAAAUACUUUCUUAAAACACAGUCUGUUCUGAUCAAAAGGUCAACCCUCCUGGAUUUUCAACAGCUAUUGUAAUUGUUUUUUCAUAUAAAUUGAUUUUAAUUGUAACACUGUUCUGCUACAGCCCUAUUGUCUGUGUCCUUCCGAAAUGUCAGUUACUUAAAUGAAGAAAUAAAAGCUUGAAAGCA